AUAUUAGUAGACGAACUCUAUCUUGGCCUGGCUCAUCUCAUUCUGCUUGAUCGUGCGAUUCGUUCGUUGUUCUGUGUUGAUGUUGCGGCUGCUUGAAGUGUGUUUGUGUGAGAAGUGAGAAGGCAGACUUGCUUUCUUACUGAGCCAUUUACUGGUUGUGUGUUGUUUGUUGUUUGAAAAGCCACCAACGGAUAUACUCAAUGGAUUGUUAAUUUCUGCUUUUAAUUUCAAGAAGGGCAUAAUAAUGGAAUUAGCGCACAGUUUAUUGCUGAAUGAGGAAGCCUUAAAGCGCAUUCCUGAGUCAAAGAGACCUGUGUUUGUCUUCGAAUGGCUCCGUUUCCUGGAUAAAGUGUUGGCUGCAUCUCAAAAGUCUGACAUCAAAGGCAGCCAGAAGCGUCUAGUGGAGCAGCUGACCGCCCAGAUCACAGAGUCGCCCGGUCCACCAACCCGCAAGCUGCUGGCCCGCUGUCUGGCUUUGAUUUUCAGCGUGGGAGACACCUUUGAUCUCUUCGAGACCAUCAACAAGUGCAAUGACAUCAUCAAAAACAAAGACGACUCCCCGAGUUACCUGCCCUCAAGGCUGGCGGCUAUUGCCUGUCUUGGAGCCAUGUAUGAGAAGCUGGGCAGGAUGACCGGUCGCACCUAUGAGGACACAGUGCAGAUACUUAUAAAAUCCUUAAAGAAUGCUGAGUCCCAGGGCAGGUUUGAGAUCAUGCAGACCCUGGAGAAGCUGGUUUGUGGCUUAGGUUCAGCGGGUUCCCACACCCACAAGGACAUCUACAAGGCAUGUCGACAAGCUAUGACUGACCGCGCCAUGGCUGUGAGGCAGGCCGCUGCUCGGUGCAUGCAUGAGCUGGUCUCGGAGGCACCGUUCAUGAGCACAACAGAGCUGGAGACAGUGGCCAACCUGUGUUUCAGGGCGCUGGACGGCUCUAACUACGACGCUCGCUGCACCAUCGCCAAACUUCUGGGCAACCUAAUGGCCACUGCACAGGCUCCCAAGCUCCCCGGAGCCAAGACAAAACCUGCGCGGCUGGAGGAUGUGCUGGCUGUGCUAGCCUCGGGCUUCAUCAAGGGAACAAUCGGAGGGUUCCUCAAGACCUCCACAGCGGGCGAGAUGAUCAAAGGAUCGAAUCCAGUCAACAGGGAGAUCAGAGUGGGCAUUACACAUGCGUACGUGGAGUUCAUCAAGUGCAUGGGAGGCCUGUGGCUGGAGCGCAACAUCUCGGUGUUCCUGACCCACGUGCUGGAGCUGGUGGCCAACCCGCGGGCCACGCCUUCCCACGUGGACGCCGUCUACGCCCGCAAGUGUGUGCAGUUCAUCAUGCGCUCUGUCAUCGGCGGGAUGCUGGGGGAGAAGGCGCAGAUCGCCGCCGCCAAGGAGAUUUGUCAGGUCAUCGUGAAGCAGAUGAAUACCGUUGGAGAGGCAGCUGUAGAGGCCUCAGAGGGCAAAGGUCAGGCCUCGGAGCUGACUGCCAGCCAACAUGUCCUGGUGUGUGCACUUCACGAGCUGGGCUGUUUGGUGCUGCGUCUGGGCACCUCCGCCAGCCCCCUGGUGGCCGAGCCUGCUACAGGAAUCAUCGAGCCAGUGGUGUCUGUCCUGAUCCACCCGUCGCACGCCGCACGCCUCUCUGCAUCAUGGUGCUUGGCCAGCAUCGCUGUGGCCCUCCCGUCCCAACUGACCCUGUUGCUCGACCGCUGCGUGGAGCGGAUGGACAAGCUGCGGUCAUCACCAGAGGCUGUAGCGGGUUAUAGCAGCGCCCUGGCUGCUCUGCUAGGGGGUGUCUACCAGUGUGCGCUGGGUAUACCACACUCCAAGGGAAAGCAAAUCUUUAGCAUAGCGGAGGAGCUGUUACGUACAGCCUCACAAAACAGUCGGCUGUCAUUGCAGAGAACACAGUCAGGCUGGCUGUUGCUGGGAGCUCUGAUGACUUUAGGACCAUCUGUGAUCAAGAACCACCUCCCACGCAUGUUGCUGCUGUGGAGGAACGCAUUCCCGCGGUCGGUGAGGGAGCUGGAGUCGGAGAAAGUGCGCGGAGAAGCCUUCACCUGGCAGGUCACGCUCGAGGGGCGGGCUGGUGCAUUGGGAGCGAUGUACAGUUUCCUGCUGCACUGCCGUGACCUGGUGACGGAGGAUGUUAUACGUCGCAUGCUGGCCCCUCUAGAAUGUGCCCUUGUCAUGAUGACACAAUUGGCAUCUGUGAUAAAGAUGUAUGGUACUCAGUUGAAGGCAAGUGCAGCCACCAUACGUCUUCGUCUUUAUGACGUUCUCUCUCUGUUACCUCCGGAGUCCUUUGAUGGUCUGUACCCAAACCUACUGCGUGAACUGGUGGCAGAGUUCACCCUGACUGACAACCCUGCCAACACCACCACGUCACAGCUGAGGUUUAUGUGUCACGCCGACGACAGCGUCAUACUAGGUUCCUGGCUGCAGGAGACAGACCACAAAGCCAUUGAGGACCAGAUGGAGCCAAAUCGUAAAGUGGAUAAAGAGUAUCUCCAGCCCAACAGUGCGUCUGGCUCAGGCACUCUGGAACAUGACAGUCAGUCGCUCUAUAUACGUUGCCCCCCAAGUGAACCCAUUCCCGGCCCGCUGCCCCUGGGAGUGGCGGUCAUCGACAGCUCGGUCAAGCUCUACGGCGUCAUAUUCCCCCACGUGGCCCACAAGCACCGCUACCAGAUGCUGCAGCACUUCAACGAGUGUAUCCGCCAGGCCAAGGGACCACGCCAGCAGGCCGUCCAGAUGAACGUCUUCACUGCCGUGCUGUGUGCUCUCAAGAGCUUGGCAGAACUCAAGUCAAGUCCAGGGCCAGAUGAUGUAAAGAAAGCUGCCUUCUCUCUUAUAAUGGAUGCAAUGAGCAGCAGUAACCCAAUCUUGCGGUGUGCAGCGGGCGAGGCGCUGGGCCGUAUGGCUCAGGUGGUUGGCGACAGUAAAUUCAUCGCUGAGAUGGCUCAGCACAGCUUCGACAAGUUGAAGUCUGCCCGAGAUGUUGUGAGUCGAACUGGCCACUCUCUGGCUCUUGGCUGCCUGCACCGAUACGUGGGUGGCAUGGGUUCAAACCAGCACCUGAACACUUCGGUCAGCAUCCUGUUGGCUCUAGCUCAGGACUUCAACUCACCUGUUGUCCAGGUGUGGGCCCUGCACGCCCUGGCCCUGAUCGCCGACUCCGGCGGGCCGAUGUACCGCAGCUACGUGGAGCCCACACUGUCGCUGGUGCUGCAGCUGCUGCUGUCUGUGCCGCCCGCCAUCGUGGACGUCCACCAGUGCCUGGGCAAGUGUCUCUCCGCCCUCAUCACCUCCAUCGGACCCGAGCUGCAAGGCAACUCGAGCGCCAUCGGCACAGCCCGCCUGUACUGCCUGGUGUGCUGCGCUGUCAUGCAGGCCCACCCCGACUCGCUGGUCCAAGCCGAGGCCAUCGCCUGCCUGCAGCAGCUGCACAUGUUUGCCCCCCGCCACCUCAACCUGUCCAACCUGGUGCCUCACCUCUGUGAGAACCUGAGCAGCUCUCACCUCCUGCUGAGGCGUGCGGCGGUGUCGUGUCUGCGCCAGCUGGCCACCAGGGAGGCCGGGGACGUGAGUUCUCUGGCCCUGUCACUGGUGGUGGGGCAAGGGAAGGACUCCAAGACAAACUCGCAUAUUGCUGACACAGGCCUCGAGGGUGUUCUGUUUGGCAUGCUGGACACAGAGACAGACGGUCAGCUGUUGUCUGACCUGCGUGACACUAUCGACUCCCUGCUCCAGUGUCUGGCUAUCCCCAACUUGGCUCGCUGGCUGGCACUUCUCAAGGAUGUGCUCUCUGCCUCCACUGAUGCAACAAAUACAGACAACGAUGUAGAUAAUGGUGGUGAUGGAGAUGAAGAAGAAGCUGACGAUAUUGAUGUGACCUUUACGGCUGCCGAGCCAGAAACCACUCAUCCUUCUGUGGCACCAAGGAGGUGAUUCGGCGGUUUGCUGCUGUCCCAGAGCCAGAGUUCCCUGGUCAUGUGAUACUGGAGCAGUACCAGGCUCAGGUUGGAGCAGCCCUGAGACCUGCCUUCUCUCCAGAUACUCCAUCAGAUGUCACUGCAGCAGCCUGUGAGGUGUGCAGCAAGUGGAUCGGCAGCGGCGUGGCCCGUGACCUCAACGACCUGCGCCGUGUCCACCAGCUGCUGGUCUCCUCCCUGGCCAAGCUGGGCUCGGUGAGCGGCCGGCCGCGUGCCCCGCUGUACAACGAGAGUGCCUCCACGAUGGAAAAACUGGCUGUGAUUAGAGCGUGGGCUGAGGUGUACAUAGUGGCCGUGGACAGAGAGCUGGAGUCGAAGCGCAAGAAGGAAGGCCGUCAGAACGGGGAGGAGGUCCAGCCGUCUGGGCCCGGGGGCUGGGAGGACGGGGAGGAACACUACGAACAACACAGCGGAGAGAGUCUGCUCAGUCUGGUGCAGCCCGAGCUGGAGAACCUGAGCCGGCACUGGUUCCACGCACUGAGGGACCAUGCCCUGCUCUCCUUGCCUUCAGAAUACUCGAACCAGCUGCCCUCUGAAGGCGGUGCGUUCUACCACCCGGACACAGUGGAGACGGCCAUCGGUCACUACCGCAAGUCCUGGCCGUCCAUCCUGCACGGUCUGGCCAUCUGGCUGGACUACACGGGCUUUGAUCAGGCCGGGGCUGAGCCGGGCAACGAGAAGGAGGAGGGGAAGCUGACCCUUGGUGCGUCCGCCAUCCAGCCUGCCAACGCCCCGGCCAACAUGAGGGCCCGCACAAUGAACCAGGACAGGUUCUUCCUUAUACUGGGCAUCAGCAUGGAGGCUCUGUGUAACUCUGCCUCGCGCCUGGAGGAGUCCACGGUCCAGCACUGCCUGCGUGCCCUGAGGGCUCUACUGGGAACCUCGUGGCCCCGCUCACAGCUGGGCAAAGACGCCACCCUUAGCCGAGAGCUGCUCAAUGUCAUGCACAGAGUGAUCCUGACCCGUGACGGAGUGGACAUCCACAAUAUGGCUUUGGAUGUUGUCCAGCGAGUGGCCACAGCCGCUAAAGAGCACCUAGACAGUCAGAGAGCAAAGCAAUCAGAAAACACAGACAGCAAAGAUGGAGUCAAGGAGGGCAGUGAGGCUACGUCUGGUGAAGGCGGCAGUAACGGAGACUUCCCCUCGCAGACCUCUGUGGUGUUUGCCACGCUGGAGGUGUGCCUGUGUGCCAUCGUGAGGCACAUACCGGCGCUGAAUCCUUCCUCAGGCUCCACAGGCUUCCAACCCCCGACCCACCUGACUCGCAUGGGCUCCGCAACCUUUGACCUUGUGGCCCGGGUCAUGAAGCUCAUGAUGGAGCUGCUGGACCUUUGUUCUCCUGUUGGUGCUGUAACGGUCCUGCCCACUGUGUUACACUUGGUGACCAGCAUCAUGAAGGAGACCUGUGCUCGCGGGGCGGUCACCCCGGCUCCCAGCCUGGUCCAAGCGUGUCUGGACGUGCUGACCACGGCGUGUAAAUAUCAGGUGGUGCCAGACAAUGCCAGGGAUGAGGACGGCGAGGAGAUGAGCAACGUGAAGAGGGACUGGGCGCGGCUGCUGCAGAGCACUAUGGCAUCCAUACUGCAGUACGCUCAUCCAGGUGAGGACCAGGCGGGCACGGACCUGGCUGUACUGGUGUCCAUGCUGUCUGUGUUCACCACACACUGCCCCAAGGCUGUGGCGGGCAUCAAGGACCUGCUGGAGCCCACGCUCGACGUCUACAGACAGGCCUGGGACUCAGAUUCACCCGCUAACCGACUGAAGUGCAUCCAGGCCCUGACCUCCAUCCUGAGCCACGAGGACAAGAACGUGCCCGUGCCCUACAUCCACUGCCUGGCCCCGCGCUUCAUCGAGCAGCUCAACAGACCCGAUGCUCCACAGAUGCUGAAGUCUCCUGCCGACCGUGAGCUGCUUCUGGCUGAGCUCGACUGCCUGGAGCAACUGGUAGCUGUGGUGGAGGAUUCACGCAGGGUGACCAUGAUGGCUUUGUAUGUUCCCAUCCUGGUUUCUCUGUUGCUGGAGGAGACGACCGGGGCUCAGGCUAGCGCCGAACAUCGCGCCCUCAGCGACCGCUGCCUGGAGAGACUGACAGAACUGGGCCGCCUCUACCCCGACCACCUGCGCACAGUGAUGAGCGCCUCCGCACAGCUCAAGCCCCGGCUAGAGGCAGCCGUCAGACUGCGACAGAAGAGCCAGGCUGAAGCCAAGGCCAAGGCCGCUGCGAAGGCGGCUCCUCAACUUAACAAGCCCACUAUCACUCUCAAAAUGGAUUUCAGCAAUUUCAAGACGUGAGCCCUCACAACAGGUGUUUCAAUAUAUGCUUCAUCUGAUGCAAUAGACUUGAAACCUUCACGAGUUUCAAGUCACACUAAAGGGUACAGAAAACACAUAAAUAGUUCUUGUCCAGUCUUACCAACACCAUAAUCUCCAGGGUUGUGAUUGGCCGUGGAGUGUUUGAAAUUUAAAGCGACAGAAGACCAGUUUACUUAAUGCCCAUAAACACAGUUUCGCAUGUGUAGGCUUAAAAGCUCAAACUGGCCGGGGGAGUGAAGGUACAGAGCUCAAAGAUAAAUUUGUCUCAUCAACAACUGCGGGUGAAUGUUGUCGUGUAAAUAAAAGUACACUCAAACAAGAAAGGGGCCGGUGUAUCAGUUCGAAUAGCACAAGUGCCUGGAUUGAAGUAUUUCCUCUGUCGUGUGACAGCAACAGUAUAUCAGGUCUCUGAGAAUUCUACUUCUCCCACUGUCGCACAACACACAAUACAAUUCAAUAUUCUGCUUCUGAUGAUACCUCUGUAUAGGGCUGGGACAAAGAGUGAACGCUGGUGGAUCAACAACACAACGUGUUCAUGUCAACGACUCGAAGUGAAACCCUUCAAACUUGCCUUUUGUUCCUCAUUUUUUAAAGCUGCCACAAAGACCUACAUUAAAAGAUGAGCUGUGUCAAAUAGAGUAAGUUACCGCUGGCUGUGCAUGCACCUAUACGUGGCACACUGCACUCGGGUGAAAAGAUCUCAUCUCUCCCGUAAGUGACAGAUGACAUGUAUCUUUGGUCCUAUCAUAGAGAAACGUGCUUCUUUCAGAAGGAUGGAAAGCACAAUGUUAUUUAAACAAAUUAGGUCUUCUGUGGUUCAAUAAGAUCCCCCUAGAAGAUGAAACUGGACCCUGCCUAUGAAAGGGUACUGGUUGUAAAGGUUUAAGAAAUAAGAAUUAAAGGAAACACUCGUAGAAAAUUUUUACAUUCUGACGCAAUGAAAUGUAUGACUGUGCUAAUAUUAGCUCUACUCAGAUGGAAGUUGUGACAAUGAAUACAUUUUUAAAUGCUUGUUGCCUUGCAAUAAGAUAUAUUGUAUCUAUAUAUGGUAUAGAGAGCAAGUGGCUUGGUUUUAUGUUUGUGUGUAUCAUGUGAUAAAUGAAAGAUAAUAGGGUUAAGGCAGACUGUUUUGGGGCACUUUAUUGGUCAUCUGUUGAAAGAAAGAAGCCUGGCCAUAGUGCGACUGAUUGUGUGUUGGAAGGGUCCUUAGUGAGGCAUCUUGUUUCGUUUGCAUGUGUGUACUCAUGUACGGUGUGAAGAUUUAUAAAUGCACAAAUGUUUUUUAAACAAAUUGUUGCUGUAAGCUUGUUAUACACACACAUAUAUAUAUAUAUAUAUAAUGCUGUAAAGUGUCCUCUGAAAAAAAAAAUUAAAUACAGGACAAACAAUAGAAUGGUAAUGCUUUGGGUUAACCUUUAUCUACAAGAUAAUGAAUGACCUUGCACAGUGAUAAAUGAUGUUGUCUUUUUUUGCCAGUACAAUGUUUUAUUUCUGUCAGGUAAACUUCAGUCACAUAAUCACCUUUCUAUUGCUUGUGCUGUACUGUUAUGGCUGUGCUGAUUUCUCAUGUUACGAUGUGUGAUUGCAAUAAAAUUAUCGGGUCACUUACACUUACACUGCCAGGAUUCUAGAAGUGUGUUAAUAGCAAGAUGUUUUGUGUCGGUGACAGUGUAUUCUGUUGUGCUAUUCUCACAUAUCUUUAUGCUUUGCUUUACCUUAGUCACAGUGGAAGCAUAUUACUAUGGAUGUAUGAAAAUGAUUCUUUGCAGUGUAUCGAACAAAAGAUGUUCCCUUUCGUAUGUGAUUUUGACUUUUCUUUUCAGCAAAUGAUGCAGUGAAUUGCAAAAGUCCCAAAGUUGUAAAUGACACCCCCUGGCAACACAAGCAGGUCAUAUAAGUGCUGAAGAUUAGAGGUUUUACAAGAAAGUGACUUGCAAAGAAAAGGAGGAGGAGAUAUAGGGAGGGAAGAUUUUUUGAUAGGAAAGAAAAAGCAAACCACACAAGAUCACCGAGCAACCACCUAUUUACUUUUUUUUUAACAAUUUUUUUUUGUGUAGUUGAUAAGUACAGCCAUGAGGUGAAAGCAUUUAUUCUACAUGGAUCCCCUUUUGUAGGCGUGAAUAAAGUGAAUGUUUGCUUCUUUUCUCUUCAGCAGAACCACAGUGUUUCAGUGACUCUGGUGUUGAUACUAUUUCCAUUUUUCUGAGUUCAUUUUUCUUUUAGUUUAUUUUGCGUGCUUAGAAAUAUCGGCAAAUUAGUAUAUAAAGCUCCUGACAUGUAGAAUGGGACGCUUAAGGUUUUCCUUUUGUAACAUAUAUUAAACUUUUUAGGGAGUCAGUGUUUUGUUGACAGUGUGCAUUCAGCAAGCAUGUAGGCCUACUGUCAAAUAUCUCAUAGCAAACUGUACCAGAACUCUACAGUACUUGAAAAUGCCUUAAUAUGACUCAUGUUAUAGUCAGAUGUUUUGUCUUGCAGUUGUUGAAUUUGAAAAA